UGCUCACAAGAAGUGAACUUCAUAUAUCAGAAAUCUGCAGGAAAAAAAAAAUCAGAAUUUGUAAGUUUCUAGUCUAGUUACAUCAUAGGAAAAAUGCCGAAAUUUGGCAUGUUUGCAGGUGGUGGAUGUAUCUGUUGGGAUGAAUACCGUGACCAUGCUCAGACUUCUUCAGGCCUGGGAACAAGAGUUUGGAAUUUGACAGACAGGCCGAUAGAGUUGCAAGUAAGGGUGGGAUCAAUAUUGAAGAAGGGUCAUACCUUGAAGCCAGGCUCAUCGAAGAGACUUAAAUCUAAGAGCAUUUACAAAACUUACAUGCCGGUGAGCAGUGGCGGUACCUGUGGUGGUGAAGCAAUGAAGAGUCUGCUUUACUACUAUGAUGAAACAUGUCAGCCUUAUAUAUGGGUACAGGACAGUGUUAGUGAUUUCUCAAGAAUGGUGAAGCAGCAGUACAUUAGUCUUGAAGAUUUAAGAGAUUGUACUGAGAUUAAAAUCUUCAGAGAUCACCAGAGAGGUUGCAUUUCAGUUCGAAAGAAGGCCAGGCCAGACUUUUGCUGAAUUUUUCUUCUAUGUCACUUGGCAAGUUUUCUUAUUAUCUUUGUGUUGUUUGGGUUUGUAAUUUGUGUCAGAAGGAUUCCUGUGAGAAAAACUAGCGGUGUUUCGUGAUUCUAAGUACAAUUUCUUUUACAGUACUUACCUGCGUAGUUUUAAGAGACUUCAUACUUUGUUUAGGCAAGCAUGAGGACUAAUUUUCACAUAUGUACUCCAGAAAUUGCCAAGUUUGUGCUUGAAAUGAAGCAGUUCCGGUUUCACAAUGCUUACAUAAAAA